CUUGAAAACGUCAAAAUAAAACAUUUUCAUGCAUUCUUUUUGAAUUCCAAGUCAGCAGAACGCGAGAGAUGGCUUGUUUAAAUGCGGAAGCUAAAGAAAAGUAUCUGCAGUAUGUUCUCGACGAAUAUUGGCGAUUUUUACCUUGGAAAUACCUCGUAAUUCUUGUCAAAUCAAUUCUUGACAACAAAAUUGUUGAAAGAAAGCUGGAAGGGUAAAGUGUUUUGUAUGAAGGCCAUGCUGGUUAGGUCAAAAAAUGUAUAGAAAUUUAUGUUAAAAAAAAAAUAUAUAAAAUAUAAAGUUCCAUUUGCUAAUCUACAAAAGCCUAUUUACUAUAAUAGUUCUAUCGAACAGAAUGCCCAAAAUAUGAUCGUUAUAUUCACCUAUAAACCUUAUAUCCGGAUACUUUCAACUGAAAAUCGUACGUAAAUUUAACAACCUAGAUACAAGGAGCAUAUAGACUGAACAAGUUUGCUAACAAAAAACAAUGCAAUUUUGAUCGUCUUUGAAAAAUCCACCCAUGCAUGUUGUUUUCCAAAUUGCACGAGAAACCAUACUAUUAUAACCAUGACCAUGCUAUUAACCAAUCAGAAUCGAGUAAUUUUUCAUGUAAUAUUAUAAUCAUAUAGUGGACAAAACAUGGAGACAUACAAGGUUCAAGAACUUGACAACUUCACAAUUUACAUAUGAAUAAACUACACUCAAAUACACUUCACUCAGUUUGUAGUGUUAAUACCAUAUAUGGAUAACUUAAUAGGUUUGAAUAUAGCAUUAAAUCAUUGACAUUUCAUAGCAUGAACAAUGCAAUAACAUCUGUUUGUGAGUUAUUGUGAGGAACGGCGUUUUAAAUUAGUCUAUACUCUAUAGAUAUUUCUCCGACAUGGAGUUUCUGUAAAGCAUUAUAAAAACAACUGCCUUCUCAAAAUCAAGAAAGGGGCCAAACAGCUACAGUUUUGAAGAAACGGGGGCUGAUAAAUGGCCAGCAAUUUUUAUGUAGCGCAUGCACUCUGAAUUAAAAAAACGGUUAUAACAGGCUACAACCAGUUCUAUUUAUGCAAGCUUUGCCGGAUGAUUGGUAGAUUGAGGAAAGUGGGGGUAAUUAAUUAGCAGAUGUUUCUUUUUCUUCUCUGAUCUGAAACCUCUGUUUGCAGUGUGCUCAAAGUAUUAUUGUAUAGCUGGUCGCGUAAUUUUGAAAACGGGUGUAAAGUCAGAUUGAUAAAAAACGGCUGUAUUAAAAGUUUUCGUUCACUCAUCGAUUAUUGAUGUGUUUUUGAUAAAUUUCAGCGUAAUUAAGACGGUAGGAUUUCGCAUAGAGCAAUUGUAUACUUGAUAAGGAAUACUGAUGGCUUAGAGACUUUCUAAAAAACAUUCUAAGUAAGUAAGUGGUAAGUGGAGUGUGCUAAUCAUCCUUACUUGCAGCUCAGAGCUAAGCUGAGUUACGAGGGAUGCAGCUCAACCAGAUCGAGUCAAAGGCUUUCUAAGGGCGACUAUAUGGCAGCCACCUUGUGACUCAUGUCUGAUCACGGAGGACAGCUACGGUGGAAGGGUCAGUUAGGAGGAUAAUCCCAACACACCCUGUCGGCAUUCCCUGUGGAAGGAAACCGGAGUACUCAGAGAAAACCCACGACUUUCGGUAGAGCGUUAACUGACUCUUUUCACAUAAGUGUCAUGCAUGAGUCCGUAGUGAGAAUCGAACCCAAUCUCAGUGAUGAAAGGCGAUUGCUCUGAUGAUUGUGAUUCUGAUCUAUUUUUUUAGGAUUUUGGGCCGAAAACGGAAACUGUUUUACACAGAAGUAAUUGGACGUGCAUUCUAAAGGU